GAAAUUAUCGCCUUGAUACUAGGGCCGAAGAAAGCAACCUGUCCUCACUAACCCGUCGGAGACGAGGUCAUGCGCAAGCCAAAGCUUGCCCACAGGAUCUUCGAAAAAUGGCAAAACUCGAAGGCGUCUCGUGUCUUCACUGUCUGUUGUUCCCUUUCGUUGUUCCUGCAUGACAAGUUUUUGCUUCCCUCGUCGGCUUUGACGAUCCGAGCCGGGCGCUCCGAUGGCAACAACGAAGAACCUAUCAAGUGCAAAUAUGUCUGGGUCUGGAAGAGUGUAAACUUGUCAUGCAGAAUUUCCAUGCCGCCCCAUGAGGUCUGGAAUGCAGGACCUAGGAUGUUGACAGAUUCUGCGAGGUCUCUACCAUGCCUGUCCUGCAUGAGAAACUAACUCUCAUGGUGUUCAGAAAAGGGCGACUUUUGGCGAUCGCGCAAGACAGAUUUUUGUGUGAUCCACCGGACGCAUCACAAGUUCGAUCCUUCCAGACCCAGAUCGAUAUUUGCAUUUGAUAGAACCCGCGGUCGUGUACUCGGAGGACGUGUCAUACCCGAAAGAGCGGUCUCUGAGCGGUGUAUCCUGUGCAAAAGUAUCGCACUCGUAUUGCAAUCAUGCAUUACAAAUCUUUUUCUUGAGGUAAAUCCACAUUACAAAUUUUAUUUCUCAUGCUGAGGAAAUUUGUGAUGCAUUUAUACGAGUGCGAUGCUUUUGCAGUGCAUACGGUGGGGCAAGCUCCUAUCCUGUGUAACAGUAUCGCAUCAGUACUACAUCUGCCAGUGCAACUGCAAAUUACAGUCGUGCAUGACAGAUUAGCUUUUUGACGUAAAUCUCCAUUACACAUUCUUGCACCUUUGUCUUUGUGCUACAAAAAAUUUGUAAUGCCAUUUUGACUUCUAGCACUAGUGCGAUACCUUUGCAAUGCAUAAGUCCACCGAAGCCGACAAUCCCGCCCCGUAUGACGGACAGUACUGUCGCGGCGGUGCUUGCCGUAUGAGCGUGCACCACCCCCCCUCGUCCCCCCAAUUUGUAUGGAAUGAACGGCAGGCAAUACAGCCGUCGGCAAAAGUGCAGGUUUUGCAUGACAAAUUCACUCAGGAUCAUUGUCAUGCUGUUUGAGGAGCUGCCAGAAAUAUUACAAAAACCUGGCAUGCAAAAAGUGCCAAGAGGCAUCAAAGGGUGGAUUUGUUACUUCGCUUGACAAACGAGGGGGAGCAGGGGGGGUUGUCCACUCUUAUAUGCCAGUACCGAACCCCACCGCCGCCAUAUCAAAUGCAAAAAUGUUUGGGUCUGGAAGAGUGUAACUUGUCAUGCUACAUCUAGAUCGUGGAAAAAUUUGUGUUGCAUGAUUACCAAAAGAGGUCCAGUUUCGAACAAGUUUAGAGGCAGUUUCUCAAGCAGGAAAGGCAUGAUAGAGAUCUCACAGAACCUGUCAUGCUAGGCUGUGCAUCCCAGACCGCGUGGGUCAUGGAAAACCUCCAUGACAAACCUAGCAAUCUUCCAGACCCAGACAUUUUUGCAGUUCAUACACCAAAGCCCAAGCCGAAACCAGACGAACCACCCACCGUCGCAAUUCCACCGGCCUUUGACGCUCCGGACAAGCGCGAGUUCUGCACCGGGCUGGGCUGCCUCGGCGGAAUGGGUUUUCCGGUUGCGGCCAGCGCCGCAACCUUCAACGAAAACUGUGUGGAGCUGACCGAUGUCAUCGCCGGCGGAUUCGAGGUCGACCCGUAUGAAAAGUAUCGCACUCGUAUAUAAUGCAUUACAAAUUUCCUCAGCGUGAGAAAUAAACUAUGUAAUCAAUGCUGAUUUACCUCAAGAAAAAGAUUUGUAAUGCAGGAUUGCAUAUACGAUUGCGAUACUUUUGCAGUUCAUAACCCGCACUCCAAAACGGUCCGCUUGCGGCAAGCGCUUGCGAACUUCAACAAGUGGUGCACGGCGCGGGUUACUGCAGACGAGGCUGGUGCCUGCGCAGUGGCCUUCACCGACGAUGCAAAGACGAAGAAUGGCGAAUAUGCAGAUGUGAUGACCAUGGCGCUUUCCAACGUCGCAAAAGCGUCUGCGGUAUGCAUUGCAAAGGCAUCGUACUAGUAUGAAUUGCAUUACAACUUCGCUUAGCAUUACAAAUUGAAUUUGUAAUGCGGAUUUGCCUUGAUAAAAAAAUUUGUAAUGCGUAAACGCAAUUAGUACGAGUACGGUACUUUUGCAUAGGAUAUGCGGUCGGGGACGUCUGCAGUGCUCUGGGCGGAUUUUUGGGAGCAGCGAAGGCGGCACAGGAUAAGCUCCAGCUGACAUAUCAAAUGUAAAAGUGUCUGGGUCUGGAACAUUCUAAACUUGUGAUGCUGUCUCUGGAUUCUGAAAAAAUUUGUAUGGCAUGACCAGCAAGAGGACUCCAGGUUGUGCUACGCGGAGAGGUCAUUUCUCAUGCUGUAGAGGCAUCACAAAGCGCUCUAAAAAUCUGUGGUGCUACGGCAUGCAUCACAGACAUCAUGGGUCAUGUAAAAUAUGCAUGACAAAUCUAGAAAUCAAUCAGACCCAGAUAUUUUUACAUUUGAUAUGACAAUGGAGAGCCUGAAAUCAGCCGGGAAUGCCAUGCUGGAUAUCGGAAAGAAGAUGAAAUACAGGUACGGAUGUAGGUGGGAUGUAGGUGGGUACGGUAUUGCUACUAGCGUUUGAGGGGCCACCCCGUCAAAAAUUCGCAAGCAUAGUGGCGGGGGAAGGAAUGGCUAAGUGGGUCGCCACCCCGUGCAAAAUCUCCAAAUCUGCUGGAGGUGUUGCUACUAGGAUUUGGGGGGUCACCCCGUCAAAAAUGCGCGAGCAUAGCAUCGGGCGAGGGACUAGAAACGGUAGUAGCAUCGGGCGAUGGGGCUUCGAAAAAAAAGCCACUUUCCCAGCUCCAAAGCACGGAAGAAAAUCAAGUAACACACCAUGCAAAAUUAAAAACAGCGACGAUUCGACAGCCACUUCUGCGCAUAUCAAAUGCAAAUAUGACUGGGUCUGGACGAAUGCAGGAGGUUGUCAUGCAGGUUUUGCAUGACCUAUGAGGUCUGGAAUGCGGCACCCAGCAUGACAAAUUCUGUGACAUCUCAAUCAUGCCUAUCCUGCAUGGGAAAUUCUCUGGCAGCUUGGUAAAAAAGGACGGCUGUUGGUAAUCAUGCAACACAGAUUUUUUGCAUGAUUCAGAUUUAGCAUGACAAGUUGCCAUCUUCCAGAGCCAGACAUUUUUGUAUUCCAUAGUGCAGUCCGGAAACCAAGCCAGCGCCGUCCCGACCUCCAAGGCCAGUGCCAAAUCCCAGAUCGGGCUGACUAUGCAUUGCAACAGUAUCGUCGCGCUACUAGGAGGAAUAGCAUUACAAAUUUUUCCCGAAGUAAAAAUAGAAUUUGUAAUGCUGAAUUCGCUAAGAACCCAGAUCUGUCAUGCAUGCAUGACUGCAGUUUACAUGAAAACUACGGUACUUUUUGCAGAGCAUACUGACCUGGUGGCAGCAGAAGCCUGGGCAAUACGUGGGCGCGCCGCCGUGCGACACCUACGACGCACUCUAUGCUUUGCAAACGUUUCUGGAUCUGGAAGGUUGCAAGAAGAACUUGUGAUGCCGCCUUUGGAUUCCAAAACGAUCUGCAUUUUUGCAUGACCAGCAAGAGGAGUCCAUGUAUAGUGCUGCGCGGACUGGGCAUAGCGGGCUUUUCUCCAUGAGAAGGACGACGGCCGCUGCUUAAAAAUCUGUGAUGCUAGGGCAUGCAUCACGUUCACGGACGUCAUGGGCUAUAAUGUGAAAUAUGCAUGACAAACUUUGCACUUUUCCAGACGCAGACAUGUUUGCAGCGGAUACAGUCAAGUCUCCGCCGAAAUCCUACCUGAUCCGGGCAUACGGAACAAAAAAGAAAAGUUUCUUUGAUGCAGAGCUUGUUUGUCAUGCGGGUUUUGCACCGCACUACAACUACUAUGUGAGCUUCAAUUUGUCAUGCUGUCCUUCGAUAAAAAUUGCGUGACGUUCUUACCAAUCGCCCCCCUGCGCAUGACGAACAGAGCAAGUAAAAAAAGCUAAAACAUUUUCCUUUGCAUAUUGCUGGCCUGUAUCAAAUACAAAAAUGUCUGGGUCUGGAAACUUGUGUUGCUGAUACUUGCAUUGCAAACUUGUUGCGUGUACGGCAUAACAGCAUGAGAAAUUUCCCUCGGCUCCUUGCGGAUUCAUUCGUGUUUAGCACUACAAACUCCCACCCAGCACGACAAAAAAACUGGCCACUGGUAUCCAUGCAUUACAGAUCUUGUUGUCCUUGAAGUCCUGCAUCACAAAUCCAGACCCAGACAUAUUUGCAAUGCAUAGCCUGGAGAUCUCGAGCCCGCUGUACGAGUUUUGCAACAAGCAGUUUGCUAUGCUGUGCAAAAGUAGUAUCGCAGUCGGUUUCCUUCUGCUCUACCCAGUUGUUCUGCAUGUUGAUAAAUUGCAUAAUGUUUCCUUUUGGACAAACAGCACAAACUGGUCAUGCAUGUUAAUACGAGUGCGAUAUUUAUUUUGCAAUGCAUAUUUGGGGAAAUUUUCGGUGCUACGCCAACUACGGGCGAAUCUGCGGCAACGAAGGUCAAGAACUGGUGUCGCUGGAAAGUCGCCAGCCAAAAGGUGGGGAAAGCGAUAUCGGGCGUCAGUGGUGA